AAAAAAAAAAAAAAAAAAAUCGUACUCGUAAUCUUUCGCGCUUAAAUAACAAAGGACAGCUGACGAUAGCACGAGUAUUAUUCGAUCGUUGUGUUAUCGACGGGUAUCGAUAACCAAGGAGACGCGUAAUUACAAGAUCUGCCGAGAGAGGGCGAUUUGCGAUAGGAGGAGUGGGAGAGCGGCGCGAGGAAGAAAAUGGCCGACAAGGCUACGGUAAAAGGGCAGGGACGUCGUGCGAGGUACGCGUUUCGGGAAGGAAAGAUGCGUGCGUCGCAGUGAAUCGCGCGAGAAGGAGCGUGCAGGAAGAAUCGGGAUAGUAAACGGAGCGUCGCGUGGUGCCGGUAGGUUUGUCCGAUCGACGAGACCUUAAUCGUGCGAGUUGGAUCGUUUAAAAAAAAGCGUUCGCGGGCCGAUCGUAGGCAACACACAUAGAGAGAGUGAGAAGGGCUCGCCAGAGAGGUAAACACGAGAGACGGCUUUGUACGACGCCCUAUCUUCUCGCGCUCUCUCGCAUUGCUAAUCGAUGUAAACGUUCCUUCCUUCCUUCCUUCCUUCCUUCCUUCCUUCCUUCUUCCCUUCCUUCCUUUUUUCUUUCUUUCCUUCAUUCCUUUCUUUCUUUCUUUCAUCCUUCUUUCUAGAUUCUGUUUUCUUUUACAAAAAAUUUCGAGUGCACGUAUCAUUUAACGUGUAUGAACGAUCGGUAAGAUUUCAAAAGGAGAUUUCCUGCGCGAGAAGCUCAUCGAUCAGCAGCAGGUUGGGUUCACGUCUGCCACUUGUGGCCAUCUACGGACGCUUUUCUAAAGGGUGGCCCAUUUUCAGCCGCCAACUCUUCUCCCGAUACCUUUCGCGGAUUUUCUCUCUCUCUCUCUCUCUCUCUUUCUCUUUCUCUCCCCUCUCUCUCUUUCUCUCUCUGUCUCUGUUUCUCUCUCUCUCUCUUUCUCUUUCUCUCUCUCUCUCUCUCUCUCUCUCCCUUCUACCUCGUGAAUCUCAAGUAUUAACUUUGACACGAAAACGUCUAACGUCGAUUUCGCCUUUCGGUGGCGGACGUGACUGUGAUACCUCCUCCGUCGUUCGAACGCGUAUAACGCGUGCUGAAUGACGGGAGCAGUGGAGAUUUAAAGGGAUCGAUUUGUCAACAAGUCGAUGAGAGUGCGCGCAGUUCACGUACGAGAAAGAGUGAUCUUAAUGGGAAAUUCAUCGACUCCGUGCUUCGACGGACUUACGAUCAUGUGUCAUUCCCUUAUUGAAUAUCAAUUAUACCUAUGAUCGUUCUUACCAGUUUCUUCCAAACGUUUCUUGUCCCUUGUAGAAAUCGUCGUUCAACGAGUGGCCACGCUCGUGAUAGAUCCAGUGUUUAUUUGGACUAUCACUAUUAUUAUCUACGAUGGCAGUUAGGUAGUUGUAAAAAUUGACCAAGGACAUUCAACAACUUCAAGCGUAUUUUUAUCAAAUUGAAGAUGUGAAGAGAACGUACAUGAUGAAGCCACAGAAGAAGGCUAUCGUUGCCCGAAAGGCAACUAAAAUGCCAACAGUCGCUAAAAAACGUCGCACUCUCUUGGAAAAGACCAUAUCAGAAGUAAGGAAGGAGAAGAAAUCUAAGAAGCAAGAUAAAUCGGAAGAUCUGAAAAGAAAGCAGGAAGGCGAGAAGAAGAAAGCGGAUAAGAUGGAAGACAAAAAAAAGUACGAAGAAAAGAAGAAGGUCGAAGAUAAGAAGAAGGACAAGUCGGAGAAAUCGGAGAAAAAGUGUAACAAGGAUAACGAAAAGAAAACCGAUAAAAUAAUCGAAGAAGAGAAAAUCGACAGGGGAGAGGAGAAGGAAGAUACGGAGGAGUCGCAGUUUGACAAUCAAGAUAAGAAGAAGGGACAAAAGCUAGAAGAGAGAAGCAAAGUCGAAAAACACUCUGUGGAUAAUAAAAAGAAAAUUGAAAAAUCGGAUGAUAGGAAAAAAUGCGGUAAAAUGGACGAGGAGAGUGCGGAGGAUCAAGCGAAAUCUUUAAAUACCGUAGAGGAUAAGGAUGCGCUUGAAGAUAAGACGGAUGUCCUAAGUACCAGUUUGAAGAAGAGAGGCAAAGAGGAAAAGAAGAAGGAUACGAAGCUGUCCAAAAUGGACACGAAAGAAACAUCGAAGAACGUUCUAGCGAAGGACAAGAAAGGCGAUCGUAAAAAAAUUUCAGACAAAGAUACUGCCAGUCGGAGAAACUCUCCGACGAGAACAAAGAAAAACUCCAAGACCAAAUCAUCUCAAAAGAAAAGUAUUCCACGAAAAACGGUUUUAGCGAAAAAGCCUCACUUUUCGGUAGUCAACAAGUUCGUAGAUAAAAAGAUUAAGCUAGUCAAAUCUUUAAAGGUAGAAGAGACGAUUAACGAGGAGGAAGACGAAGCUAAGAAAACCAAGAAAAAAAAUACGUGCGCGUCGAAGAGUAAAGGUACGCAAGAAAAGAAGCCAAAAUUAGCCAAACAUAUGAAAGCCAAGUUGCCGCAGAAGAAUUCAAAGAUUUGCGCGGUGAUUAAAGCGGAAGACAAGUUGAAAACACUGGCUGAGAAAAUGAUUUUGAAGAAGAAAAUCGAGCUGAAAGCCAUAGAGAAAACGUUGAACGAAACUAAAAGAGUUUCACACGGCAACGUGAUAAACGACAGAGCACCUACGCCUGAAAUAAAAAAUGAGAUUUUAGAGGAGAGAGAAUCGGAAAAGGAUAAGGACGAAAGUCCUAGACCAAAGUCGCCGGACGAAAAGAAGCCUAUGAAGAGUAACGCGAAGGUUGGUAAGAAGGUUCCGAAAAAGAUAUCGAAAGGAAAGGUACAAACCGAGAGCAACAAUCAAAGAUCUCCUUCUCCCGUGGAAUCUGCCGUGGGGGAAUCCGUCAAACAAUCUAAAGAGUGCGAAGAUGGUGUAAAACCUGUGGCUGGUACGAAGAAAGAAGAAGUUAAUAACGAAAGUGUCGUUCAAAUAGACUUAAAAGUCGAGGCAGUUAACGGAGGUAGUACCAGUGGUGUUACAUCGGCGUCCGAAUCGGACGAGGAUUAUGACGAGGAUAACAAGAGAGGUAAGCAGAGAUACGCGAAGAAAAAGGAGAGAUCCAAUUCACCGUCCGACGAACGUGCUAGGAGGAUGAGACUUUUUGGAUUCUGGAGCGGACCAAAGCGACACAGAGUGGCGUCGUUGAACGCUUUGGCCAAGGUACAUUGCCUCUACGAAAAUGAAACCGGAGGAGUGUAUCUAGGAGGCUUCUGUAAGCCUAAGCCGGAGAAAGAGAAGCAAAAGAAGAAUAAGGAAGAAAAGGAGGAGAGUCAAGCGCGUAAAGAAAAGGAAAAGAAGAUUGAGAAGAAGUCGGAAGAACUUCCAACUCCAAAGAGAAAGUUGAGAAAUGUGCCAGGAUUAAGGGGGAAGCAUUGGGACAUGUUGGAAAGUUCUUCCUCUUCUCCCUCUUCGGACGAGGACUAUGAGCGUGAAAAAAACAUUGAACGUUCUAAAAAGAAAGUAAUUAAGAGAAGAAAGAGAAACGAAGAGGUUAUGGAUUUGAAGGAUAUGGUCGUGUGCAAAAGGAUGGCCAGUCUCAACGCGUCGGCAAUUUUGGCCGCAUCUUAUUCGGACGAAAAGAAUCGUUGCGGAUCUAGUAGCGAAUCCUCGAGCGAAUCGGAAGUGGAGAUUAUUAAGAGACGCAGGCAACACGAUUCGGAUGCGGAGAAAAAGAAGGGAAGGCAAGGCUCGGAUCCGGAUGACGUUCUAAAGCCAUCCAAAAAAGUUGUGAUCGUUAAUCAAGAUACGGAUGUAACUAUAACAGGUGUUUACGUUAAUCAAACACGGUCGACGCAUCACGAAGGUUUCUGCAGCAUCGCCGGUAUGCAAUACAGAAUCAGUUCGACCAGUCACACACAAACUGCAGCUACGGCGGUAGCUACUGAACUUCACGACCAGCAAAAGACGGAGCAACCUUGCAAAUCUUACACGCCGUUGGGUGCGUUAUCGUCUAUGCAACCACCGGGCAGUCAAGGAAAUCAUCCAAAUAUGUCACCGCGAAGGCAUUCGGCGUUUUCAGCGCCGCAUCAGCACGGGUAUUAUCAGCCGGCUGGACCACUGAUACAGCACCCGCCAACAUUACCCCCGGUUAAGGGCCCACCACCGGAACCAACUCCCACGCCUCCUCAAAACUCGGAAGGCUCGGACGAUUUGGUCGCGACAUCGACCACUUCCGGUGGUACGAGUAGUACAGGUGCAUUCAGAUAUUCCUAUACAGUGGAUAUUCCAGGUGGAGGAGGCUUUUAUAGGGCAUAUUGCCCUUCCUAUUAUAGCACGCCACCUCAAUAUCAAGAUCUCUGUUAUCCACCUACGUACACCCAUCCUCACGCUCAUCCACCGCCGUACUACAAGUACGCGCCAACUUACAGAAGAUUUCUUUGUAGGCAGUACUAUGGAUAUCAGGAGACUGGCGGAGGCGGAGGACCGGGAGGUGGAGGCACGGCUGGUGGUCCUGGAGUCGUCGACUAUCAACCACCGCCACCGCCACCCGGAGAAUAUCCCUUGCCUCCGUAUUACGGGGGUUACCCUCCACCACCACCUCCGGCUAAUCCAGCAUAUCUUCAUUCUCAGGGAAGACCUUUCGUAGACCACGCAGCCUUCCAGGGUUGUCCGUGCCCGAUGCAGUCAUGUCCAAAAAACGUGGAUACUGGGCCCCUUAUUGGUAAUGGUAAGGGAGCGCCAGUGGUAUCGGGGCCCGGUCUGUCAUUGCCGCCCAGUGCUUUGGUAGGUCCGCCCUCGCCAGCGAGGGGGCUAGCCGGGCUAGCGCCACCUCAUGGUGCCAAUGCCUGGGAUACGGAUCGUGUCCAACUCAACACUUUACGCAACCUCAAUCAAAGCCAACCGGCUGUCCCACCGUCUCAUAAUCUCGUCGGUGGUCAUAAUCGUUCUCAGAACUCUGACUGCAGGAGCAAGGACGAGAAGAAUCGCGCCGAGGACAAGUUGAGAAAGUGUGCCUGUCAGAAACACGGCUGCACGUCUACUUGCGAGGUCAAGAUGGAGACACUCUCGCCGAGCGAAAAGCUCACGGUUGGGAACUGUCCGAGCAGCAAGUUUCACGAAUUCAAGCUCGAGAACAAUAACGUUAAGUGCGAGUCCUGCAGCGUCGAGAUCGGGGAUAAUUUGAGUUGCGCGGCGAAUUGUAACGUUAAAUGUGAGUCGGACUACAAGUGCGAUAUCAUGAAGUGCGAGCAGUGCAUGAAAGAGAGCAAAAUGGCUAUAUUAGAAAUUGACAAGGAUUCGGGUAUUUUGUUGAUCGACGAUAAGCUCGACGCUGAUCCGGACGUGAAGGAGGAGCUCAACGACGUCGUGGUCAUAGGCAACGAGAGUUGGAAAAAGCCGGAUUACGAGCCGACCGUUCAAGAAACGGUCGAGGAUAAGGAAGAGAUCGUGGAGAAGAUUCCGGUUGAGGUGGAGCAACCAAAGUGUCAAAAGGUAACCAAACGAAAAUUGUCGUUGGACAGUCUGUCGGAUGGUCGUAAGAAAAGAAAGGUUAGCAAGAGAACUCUGUCGGUCGGCUCGACUCAAGAUCUGAACGUGAACGAGCACGCGAGCAAAGCGAUAGCGCCGAUCGAGCCGCUUCUCGACAAGGUGGACGAUGUCAACGAAGCGUGCGUUUCGAAGAAGAAACAGGCGAAGAAGGAGAGUCAGGUUCAGGGCCAGAAACGUAAGGCCGAGACUCCCAACAGCUCGGAAUCCGCGUCGAAGAAGUCGAAGAGUACGAAACAAGCGGCGAGUAACAGCGCGACCGGUAACUCGAAAUCUCCGGCGAGCGAUACUUCCAUCAUGGAGACCAUCGACAAGGUGAUACAGCAGAGCUUGCAAAUGACCCAGAAGAAGGAUCGCAAAACAAAGUCGAACGACAAGUCGGAAGGUAAGAAGAACAAGGGUACAAGUAUCUUGAAGAAGGUCGGUAAAAAGUUGGGCUUGGCGAAGGAAUUGGAGAAACUGUCGAAGAUAGUAACGAAGAUCAGUCAGACCAAGGGUAAAUCUGAGAAGACGAAGGCAAAAACGCAGGACGUCAAAUCUAGAAACAGGAGCAAGGGCAAGUCGCAGGAGACAAAGUCUAAGGCGCAAGAUACGAAAUCGAAAGAUAGCGCCAAGAAAAACGAGGUGGCGAGCAAAGGUGGCAAGGCCGGCGGUGAGGCUAGCGAAGAGACGAAGAAACCAGCGUUGAUUAAGAAGAAACGGAAGAGCACGAAAAAGUCUAGCGUAAAGAGAGCUACCUCCAAAGCCGAGGACACCGUAGGGGGGAGCGAAAACUUGUCGCUCGCUAGAAAAACGUUCUUGAAGCCGAAAUGGAGCAACGGCUGGAGUUGGGAGGGUGACGCUUUCGAAGCCAAAGUUUACUUAACGAACGAGGAGUCGGCUAUACGUCGAUGUUACGCCAGCAUGAAGCACGAGAGCGGCGAUGUCCUGAGACCCAGAGACUGCGUUUUACUUAAGAGUGGACCAAGGAAGGCCGAUUUGCCGUUCGUCGCGAAGAUAGCUGCGCUUUGGGAAAAUCCGGACGACGGGGAGAUGAUGUUUUCGCUACUGUGGUACUACAGGCCGGAACACACGGAGCAAGGCCGUACGCAGUGCGACACCGAGGACGAGGUGUUUGCUUCUCGCCACAGAGAUGCCAACAGUGUCGCUUGCAUAGAGGACAAGUGUUAUAUUCUAACGUUUAACGAGUAUUGCCGCUACCGCAAGAAUUUGCGAAGAAUCGAAGAGGGUUUGGAAAGUCCCGGUUUAAUAGUUCCACCGGGGGACCAAGUAUAUCCGAGAAAGAAUCGGCAACCGCCGAUACCGGUACCGUCGGACAUGGUACUCUUCUGUCGGCGCGUUUACGAUUAUCGCGGGAAAAAACUCGUGAAGAAUCCUGGAUGACUCGAAUUCCUAUAAGAUACUUCGAAUAGGAACCAAUGGAAUGCACAAAGUUUGCGGGCCACAUUGAAACUGGACGCAGGUCUCCCCUCAAGCUUAAUAGCGUCGUACCGAGCGAUUCUUCUUGAUCUCUCUCUCUCUUUCUCUCUCUCUUUCUCAUUCUCUCACUGUCUCACUCUCUCUUCCUCUUCUCCUUCCCCCUUCUUUCGUUCAGUCGUCAAUUUUCGACAGGAUCCGAUCGCUUUUGUGUCAACUCCCAAGACGUUUUUUCCAAGGUCUACUUCUCCACGUAAUUUCUUUCCAACUUCUCAGAAUAUAUUCCUAUCGUCUUAUCCUUUCUUUCUAUAUUAUCAAGUUUCAUUUUAUCACGAAGCAUAUGCUUAAGUUAUUGCGAGAUGAUGCAAAUGAGAUCACGAUGAAUCAUUCAUAAGAAACCUGACGAUAUCCGUUUCUAGAUUACGCGUCGAUCGAACGAUCGUUUCUAAGAUGCAACAAAAAAGACAACCGUUUGUUAAUCGUACGUACAAUCCCACGCAUAAUAUAUAUAUAUAUAUAUAUAUAUAUAUAUAUAUAUAUAUAUAAUGCAUACAUACGUAUAUAUAUGUAUAUACGUGUGCAUGUAUCUAUGUGUGUGUCUGUAUAUCUUCGAUAUCUUCCCGAUAUCUUUCCUACAUCAAUAGAACGAUAGUAGAGGAAGAACACGAUCGUUCGCAAUCGACGCGAAUCGUCGCGUAUCGACGACGUGAGAGCGUUUAUAGCGAAUUAGUAGAAUUUGACAAUUUUAUAGAAGAGAAUAUAAUAUUUUUUGCGACAUAGAGCGUGUACGAGCUUUAAAUGAAUAUUUUUCACAUAGGAGGUACAAAUAUACGACGCGGUCGUCUGUUAAAAGCGACGUGAUCUUUCUUGGUGGGAACCUUCGGACAGUUUCAAGGUAGGAAUCAAGAAAAGAAAAAAGAAAAGAAAAAGAACAAGAAAAUAGAGCACUCGACCACAUUUAGCGAAGAAAAAAAAAUAAUAAUAAUAAUAAUACAGAAAUUUAGCGAUGUAAGGAGAGAGAUAUGCGUUUUCUCGCGUUUCGAUUAAAGAAAAGAAACAUUCUGGUAGAUUUAACAACAAGUGUGACGUGACACUUUCGUAAAUCCGUUUUGCCGUAGCAUCCAUCGUUCUAAGUGAACAUCGUAAGGUACUCUGAAGUUUGACGAGAGUACGGAACUGCGAAAUUAAGACAAUGAAUUCAAUUAGAGGCAAAAAACAAAAAACUGGAAGAAAGAAAGAAAGAAAGAAAGAAACAGAGGAACAUGGGGGGGAAAAACAAAAUCAAAGAAAAAGGAAAAACUGUCAGGCCCGCGCACACGCAUCACCCCGAAUAUUAUCGUUAUUAUUAUCGUUAAUCGACGAUGUAAAAUCCAUUUCUCGUGGUCCAGCAAGUAUAGUAGAGAAGGUAGAACGAUUUCUGGAUGUUUCUAAAUCUCGAUUUGAUCGAUAAAAAAAGAAAAACAAUUAAGAAAUAAACAAAGAGGAAUAAAGAAUCUCCUUACUCGCAGCUCUUAUUCGUCGUCUUAUCGAAAUCGUUCGAUUCUUCGAAAAGAGAACCAAAUUUUCUUCGACGAACCGAACGCAAUCGUUUUUUUUUUUUUUUCGUGUCAAAUACGUAGCGCGAGUAAUCGAAUCCGGAGAUUUGUUUUUAAUCUCGAAAAAAUUUUUACUGCAAACAUUCGAUCGGUAGAUAUUUUGUCCAGUCUCGAGUACGAAUUGCUGCAAAGUCGAUGAAUGAAAAGUUAAAACGAGUCGCGUUCCAACCAAUGCUCGUUUCUUUUUUUUUUUUGGACUUCUUUUUUUUCCUCUAUCCAACAAAAGCAAACGCGGAAACUUUAUUUUUUCAUUCGACACCCUCCACACAUCGUCCGACGAUAGUUCCACGCGCAUCUACCACACAUAGACAGACACACACGCACACGUUCAUACACGCGCACGCGCGUACACGCACACAAAAACAUACAAACACGUACUGCGAGUCUCGGGAACACGCGAUUUUCUUUUCUUUUUUCUUCUACAUACUUCUUUCGCAUCUUUGUCUUUUUAUUUCUUUUUUCUUUUUUUUUUUUCUUUUUUUCAUUUUUUUUUUCGCUUUAAUCACGAACUCUCGUUCAAUCGCGCGAGAAGCGUGAUUAUUUAUAAUAUUAUUAUUACUAUUCUUCCCCUAUCGUCCCUUCCUUAUCGAUCUCCCUCCCCCCACCCCCUUUAGUAGUAAAUAUUAUUGCGAGUCAUCGUAAAGUAUAAUCCAUUUAGUGAGUAGCAAAUGUAUGACGGUAGUAUGCCAAAAAAAGGAAAUAAUUAAAAAGAAAGAAAAGAGAAGUGUACGUGUUCGAAAAGACGUCGAAUGAGGAGAAAAAAGAAUAUUUCUAUUUUAAAUGACGUUGACGCGCGAGUUACGAGUUAAAAUACACGUGACUCCACGCACGAAGAUUCGAACAUUAUUAAACACACAUACACGGAGUCUUUUCACCUUAUUAAUAAUUAAAACAAUGUCUACUUCUAUACAAAAUUCCAAGUUGAAAUGAACAACGUUAAUUUUGUUUAUUUACUAUUUGUUGAAUGGAGGGUGAUUUGUUAGAAAUUAUAUUAUUUAAAAUUAAUAUAUUUGAUUAUACGAUUUUCUUAUUAUUAUUAUUAUUAUUAUUAUUAUUAUUAUUAAUAUUAUUCUUACUCUUCUUAUAUAUUAUAAUUAUAUUAUAUAAUUAUUAUUUUUAUUAUUAUCAUCAAUCACCAUUAUUAUUAUUAUUAUUGUCGUCAUUAUCAUUCUCAUUGUCGACACCACCAUUAUCAUUAUUAUUAUUAUUACUAUUAUUAUAUUACUAUUAUUAUUACUAUUAUUAUUAUUAUUAUUAUUAUUUAAUAUAUAAUAUAUUGGACAUAGGCGUUAAAUAUCUCAUGGACAUACGAAAGAGAAAGUAUGAGAGUGAAAAGCGUGCCUGUUCUUUGCGUAUGUAUGUAAGACAAGAAAGAGAGAGAGAGAGAGAGAGAGAGAGAGAGAGACACGAUAAUCGGAAAGAAGAAAAAUAAUAGAAAAUGGAAAAUACAAAAAAGAAUAAGGUAGAGAAACAUGUUUGAACGAAACACGAAAAUGAGCCCUUUCCCUAAGUACCAAAAUACGUUCGUACGGAAAAUUGUCUUCGAUCGUGAUUAUUUGAUGUAUACAUACGACAUAUGCAUGUGUAUAUAUAUAUAUAUAUAUAUAUAUAUAUAUAUAUAUAUAUAUAUAUAUAUGUAUAUAUAUAUAUACACACACAAUAUAUAUACAUAUACAGACGUACACUCGCACGUAUAUAUACAUGAAUUUUAUAUUUAGUAAUUUAUUUGGUACUAAUUAAUUUAGCGAGAAACACACGAACGAUUCAAAAACUGAUGCGAAAUCUCGAUGAUCGAUAUUCAACGAUAUAGAAAAGAGAGGUAAUAGGCGACCUUAGAUACGUAAUUAGAUAAGUAACAAAAGAAAUCCAAAGAAGAAGAAAAUUUUUUUACGAUCGUCGGGAGAUUUUCGCUUCGUUGUGUAUACUUCCAGGAUUUUUACAGCUAUAUAUAUAUAUAUAUAUAUAUAUAUAUAUAUAUAUAUAUAUAUAUAUAUUACACACACACAUACACGUACACAAACAUAAUUUGAUAUUCCUCUAAAGAUAGAUCUUUUUGACGAUUUUUUCUAGUUUAUUACAAAUUUCUUUUUAAUUUUCUUCUUUUUCUCUUUAUGUAAGAAAGAUAGAAGAAGAGAGAGAGAGAGAGAGAGAGAGAGAGAGAGAGAGAGAGAGAGAGAGAGAGAGAGAGAGAAAAAAACAGAGACUCGUUGAUUGGAUUUUACAAACGGACGAAAGAUUUACACGCGAUAAGAUAAUUUAGCGAUCGAUUAGUGAAAAUCAUCGAAAGCGAGCGUGGUCAGAUCGCUAUGCUGUAAAUAUUUGUAUUAACUCGCGUUUCACGUUAGGAACUUGAGGAAUGUUUUGACUUUUACAAAAAUAAGGAAACUGAAAGAAAUGAGAAUACGUGAGAAAAUGAUUAAAAUGAAAGAGAUAGUAAGUGCCGAUGGUGGAUCAGGAUGAAAAAUGCGAUGAAAGACGCAUAAAGAAAUAAGAAAAAAAGAAAAAGAAAAACAUUACGCGAAUAUUAUCUAUGUACAUGGUUUACAUGGGAACAUCGCACAAAAAUGCAUAUCCUCCAUUAAUUUCGUAUCGCUGCCGAAUUUCCAUCGAAAAUUGUCAUUUUCUUGGAAGAAAUGAAGAGAGACAGAGAAAGAGAGAGAGAGAGAGAGAGAGAGAGAGAGAGAGAGAGAGAGAGAGAGAGAGAGAGAGAGAGAGAGAGAGAGAGAGAGAGAGAGAGAGAGAAUUAAAAUGAGAGAAUGAAAGAGAAAGAAAGAAAAAAAAAGAAAGAGACAGACGCACGAGCCUCAGCGUAAAAAUUUCACGUGUGAGCCUCCCAAAACCGUUCUGCAAACAUUUUAAUCAAAAUACAACAACAAUUUACGAACAACGAAUCAAUGAAAUUUAAUCGUCGAACAGUUUGUUGCUUCGUUCGAGAGACAAGAAAAAUAUAAUCGAAAGAACGUGGUUCGUAAUUCAUCUUUUGUUCUUCAUACUCUUUCCAUUUUUUUAAUAAUGCGAAAUUUGAUCUAAGAAAAGUAAUAAAUGUCGAAAUGUUAUUAUUAUUUUUUUUUUAAUUCGUCAACUCGAACAAAUUAAUUACUGGUAACGAUGAAAGAACGAGACGGCAAACUGAACGACGAUUUUCUGUAAGAAGCAUAAAAAUACAAAAAGAAAAAAGAGAAAGAAAGAAAGAGAAGAGAGAGAAAAAAGAAUUAUUGUUUCUAUAUGAAAAUUAAGAUAAAGAUAUAUGAACAGUAUGCGUGUGUAUAUAUAUAUAUAUAUACGAUCAAGAGUAGAACGAUAGGUAAAAGCAGGAAUAGAAAAAUAAUAUUCGGACAACGAUCGUAGGAAAAGCAGAGAAAUGUCGAAAGUGUCGAAUGAGAAGGAAAAAAAAGGGACAAACGUUGUUAACAGUUAAAAACGUAUAUGCAAACUCAGCGGAAAAUACACACACAUGCGCGUACACUCAUACGCAUAGACCUGAUAUAAUAAAAGAUUCGUACGUACGUACGUGCGAGCAAACAGGUACGGUACAAAGCAGCAAUACGUGAUACUUCAAUGGAUGUCAAGAAACAAGGAAAUGAUGACGACGAAGAAAAAGAAAAAAGAGAAAGAAAAAGAAAAAGACAAAGACAAAGUAAAGUGCCAGAGGCGCGUUCCUAGCAAUUUUAUCACUGCUAAACGCAUAUACACGUACAUAAACACGAAACACACAAAAAUACGAGCUCUUUUUAUGUCCGCCUGUCGUCUCAAGUCAUACCUCGGCUAUAUUUUUAAUGUGAGUCUGCCUUCUAUGAAGAAAAUUUCCCUCGAUCUGUUUUAUUAGAUCAAUGCGCUUCGAAGCCGAAGAAAUAUGUAUCUCUGUCCUCUCUGUGAUCUCGUUCGUGGACCUUCAAGACGCGACGCUCGACGACACGAUCGCGAUUUUUGAGACUAAUAGAUGUAUUUAUUAAUUAGCGUAAUCACCGAUGGAAACGAUGCUAUCUAUCUCGAAUAACGACGACGAUAGAAGCGAUCGUUUUCGUUGUGCAUAACGUUUAGGACAAAUUCUAGAUUCUGUGCACGAUGGAAUUAAGACGGUUGUAGAAUUACUUUUUUCUAUUCUUUUCUCUAUUCUUAUUUUCUUUUUAUAUCUUAUACAAAAAAAUAUUGAUCAAUUCUCAUCUUCGUUGGAUGAUAAAAGAUUUGCAUAUCAUUUCUCUCUCUCUCUCUCUUUCUCUUGAAUUUUGUCUUACGUAAUAUCCAUGUUUGAAACAAAAAAAAAUUAAAAAAUUAAAAGAAUAAAAACGUAAAAAAAGAAAAAACACGUCACAAUAUUUAUUAAUUAAGAUACUUUCGAUUCCAUCGCGUGCAGAGCUCUCUCUUUCUCUCUCUCUCUCUUUCUCUCUCUCUCUCCCCUUAAACGAGUAGUAACGGUAUAUAAAGAGAAAGAAAAAAAAUGUUUUCGGUGAUUCCCACUCGCGAGUUGCUAAUUGUGGAAAAGAUUAAAACUAAUAAUAAUAAGAGGAUGAUAAAGAGAAAAGUUACUAGAGAGAGCGAUAACACAGGACACAGAAAUACACACCAUAAACAAGAAAUACACACAUACACGAUCAGUCCGAUCAGUUUUCUCUCCUCCGAACCGACCGAUCGUUUCACCGCCACUGAGAGCUUCCUCGAGGUGUCACGCGUUACUUUCAACGGUAUUUCGUACAAAUACUAUAUUAACUUUUUAGGCGUAAUGUAAGCUUCGUAGAGAGACAAACGAAAACAAGAAAAAAAAAGAAAAAGAAAAAGAAAAAAAGAAAGAAGGGAAGAAAAUAGACAGAGAGAAAAAUAUGAGCAGGAAAAGCGCGGAUCGCAACGGACACGAGCGGUCAUUUUAAUAAAUUAUAUUUAUAUAUGUAUAUCACACGCGUAUUAUACAUAUGUACGUAUAAUAAUAUAAUAUAUCAAACGAACGAAAUUCGUUUCGUGACUUUUCUAGGAUUCUAGAGAUCGAAGCGAUCUCUCUCUGAAAGAUAAAUGAAAGAAAGAGAAAAAAAAAGAAACAAGGGAAAAAAAAGACGAAGAUGACGAAGAAGAAGAAGAAAAAUGAAGAUGAUGAACAAGAAGUCGCCGCUUUCGUCUCGUUGCGAUUCUUUUUAGUACCGCAAUGUGUUUUUCACGGAUAACUCGACGUAAACUUUCGCGACCAACCGCAAAAAGAUUCGCGAACGACGUGGAGGAUACUCGUCGUUGUCUUGUAACAUUGUAAAUUACCAUGAAAUGGCGAACGUUUAAUAAAUUAUUUGAUCAGAA